AGUGUUUCAUUUUAAAUACUUCCAGCAUUUGUGAGAACUUGUCAACAUAUAUCAAAUCUGUUUUCAUACAAUAGUGCUUUGGAGCCUGUCCUCUAUAAUGUCAAGUCUAUGGCUUAUUUUCUUGGUUUUGUUUAUGCCUGGUUUUCUUAAAGCGUCUGAAAACAGUGCUGGAAUUUAUGUGCUUCAGUGGAAAGCAGAGUGCCAGUACAACAAUGAUGGACAGGACAUAGUGCUGAUGCUGAAGCAUUACUACAAUGCUGAGUUUUUCAUAGAGUAUGACAGCCGGAAGGGUAAAUUCUCUGCAAAGACUGACUUUGGCAAGAUUGAUGCAGAGUACUGGAACAAUAAUACACAGUAUAUAGAUCAGCUCCAUGCACAAGUCGAUACUGUUUGCAGACACAACUAUGAAGGCUUAAAGGAGCCACUGGUGGAUCUAAAAAUUGUUCCCGAAGUAGCCAUAAUAACCACCAAAAAUUCAGGAGGCCUGAGCAUGCUUAUGUGCUUUGUUAGUGGAUUUUAUCCUCCAAAAAUGGGUAUACAGUGGCUGAGGAAUGGAGAAGAAGUCAAAGAUGAUGUUGUUUCCACUGGGAUUAUACAAAAUGGAGACUGGACUUACCAAAUUCAGCUUACAUUAGAAACAGUGCCAAAGGCUGGAGAAAAGUACAGCUGCAAAGUGAAUCAUGACAGUCUGAAAGAGCCGUUGAUUGUGGACUGGAAUCCAGCUCUGUCUCCAUCUGCAAAGAACAAGCUCAUCACUGGAGCCGGAGGGUUUGUCCUUGGCGGAAUCUUCAUUAUAGUUGGUUUGGUCAUUUAUCUAAGAAACAGGAAAGUUGCCACUCGUAUCCCAGUAUCUCAGUCUGAAGGUUUAAUGAGCUAAACGAAGAGUGAUGAUAGAAGUGCAGAAUGGAACACAGAAUGACUAUUCACUAACACAGAUAUAGCUGUAUUCUGUCUCAGUGCAUAAAGAUAUAUAGCAACUUCAAAUCAAAAGUAAUCUUUAAUUUUUGGACUCUGGAAAUUGAUUUUAUUGAUUCUUUCAUAUUCAGUGACAGUUUUGUCACUGUGGUUUUCCUUUUUGGUGAAUAGCAUGCUUAAAAUGACACUUGCGAAUGAUAAUUACUUUCCUGACUUUGUAUGUUGAGGAAUUUCUGUACAGAAUUUCGUGCUAGAUUUCUAGCAGUAUAUGUGUAAUCAUGCACAUAAAAGCAGGAAAUUUUUUAUUUGUACAAAUCGUUUGAUACAAAAUGCUUAGCAUCUGCAAUUCAAUUGGCUUGUUUAACAUGUUUUCUUGCAUUUAUUGUCAUAGAGUAGAAAAUGGGUGAUUCAUAAACAUAUGCAUCAGAUCAAUUUUAUAUGUUCUUAUCUUCUGAGUUUCUGGAAAUUUGAUUUGGCAACAUUCGAGGUGGAGGUACAGAAGCCAAAAUGUGGGAUUGUGAUACUGAAGAUGUAAGUCACUAUCUUAUCAGUGUAAGAAGUUGUGGUGUGACCUUUAAAAGUCCAAAACUUUCAGUUAUGCUUAAUAAAGCUCAGCCUGAGCACGGAUAAUUAAGAGUGUUUAAAUGAAAUAAAAGUACAUAAAAUAAUGUAAAAUAAAGAGUUUUGGACCAGGAAUAAGCAUUAAUUCACAUAUGUAUAUAAUCAUUAUGGAAGCAUUGUGUUUCUGAUGCCACAAUCGAUAUUUACUUAUUGCAUCUUUUAUACUAUUGUCGUUAUGAAGAAAUAAACAACUGUAAAAUCAUA